UGUCAGCAGCGUCCUCGCCGUCACGGCUGGCACCGCCUCCUCUCUCCAUUCAUUCGUUUUUUUUUUCCUGCACCAUUCACGGUGGUAGUGAGGCCUAGUCCCCAGCCAUGGAGCGCGCUCUCCCGGCGGCCGGCUUCCUGUACUGGGUGGGCGCGAGCACCGUGGCCUACCUGAUCCUGCGCGCCUCGUACUCGCUCUUCAGGGCCUUCCAAGUGUGGUGCUUGGGCAACGAGACUUGGGUCAGCCCGCUGCUCGGAGAAUGGGCAGUUGUUACAGGUGGCACUGAUGGAAUUGGAAAAUCAUAUGCAGAAGAGUUAGCAAAGCGUGGGAUGAAGAUUGUCCUAAUCAGCAGGUCCCAGGAUAAACUGAAUCAGGUUUCCAGCGAGAUCAAAGAAAAAUUCAAAGUGGAAACAAGGACCAUUGCUGUUGACUUUACAUUGGAUGAUAUUUAUGAUAAAAUUAAGACAGGCCUGGCUGGUCUUGAAAUUGGCGUUUUAGUGAACAACGUGGGGAUGUCAUACGAGUAUCCAGAAUACUUUUUGGAAGUUCCUGACUUGGACAAUACCAUCAAGAAACUGAUAAAUAUUAAUGUUCUUUCCGUUUGCAAGGUGACACGCUUGGUAUUGCCUGGCAUGGUAGAAAGGUCUAAAGGGGUGAUUGUCAACAUUUCAUCUGCCACUGGCAUGCUCCCAAUUCCACUCUUGACCAUUUACUCUGCAACCAAGGCUUUUGUAGAUUUCUUCUCUCAGUGCCUCCAUGAGGAGUAUAAGAGCAAGGGCAUCUUUGUGCAGAGUGUCCUGCCAUACUUUGUAGCUACAAAACUGGCAAAAAUACGGAAACCAACUUUGGAUAAGCCCUCUCCAGAGACGUUUGUGAAGUCUGCAAUUAAAACAGUGGGUUUGCAGUCCCGAACCACUGGAUAUGCGAUCCAUGCUCUCAUGGGUUCAAUAAACUCAGCCUUGCCUCGUUGGAUUUAUUUUAAAAUAACCAUGGGUUUCAACAAGUCCCUACGAAGUCACUAUCUGAGGAAAAACAAGAAGAACUAAGUUGAACCGCUUGGCCAGAUUCUUGGGCCUGUACAUGGUGAUCCAGGGCACCUGCCUGUCCCCGGAGUCUCCACUGUUGUUUCAGUAAUUGCUAACAUGGCCAAAUAUUGGCAUAACUGUAGAAAAACCAACUCCUUUUAAAGGCUUUUAAUAUAUAUAUACAUAUAUAUAUACACACACUCUGGAUAUAAGCAGGAGUAAUUUGAAGUUUAAUGUAAAUGCUCUUGCCAAAUGUAUGAGAACACUUUGACAGAAAGGAACAAAUCCCAGAAUGACAGAAGUAAACAUGGAACCCAUCUGGCCCAGAAUGCCAGUGAUCACCUUAUAUAUUGUCUGGAAUCUACUAUAAAGUGUGAUAGCUAGCUACUUUUUUGUUGUUUAACAUUAGGGGGAACAAGGCUUAGUUGAUUUGCUAUGGGUAGACACAAUGCAGUUUAUAUAGAUUAAAGUUUUCUAAAUGUAUGUUCCAGCUCAUGUGUUUAUAUGGAACUGUUCUUCUCAAAAGUAGCUAAUGACAUAAAGAGAGUGGAAAUACAGAGUUCUUACUGACACAUAACUCCACAAAUGUUAUCCUUGUAACAUAUAUUAUGUCUUCUCUGUUCAAAUGUAUGUAAAUACUAAACACUAUAUAGUAUGAUUGAAAUGUAAAGGCAGGUGGGCCAAGGUGUACAGCAACAUCCUGUGGUGUACACUGGAUCCAGGAAAGCUUGAACCUCCAACUUUCUUGAUGAAUGUAUUGUACCCAUACUACUCGUCUGUGAUGACAGACUCCUGUGAUGGUGAUGGGUCAUGGAAAUGGCAUUGUUCUAUGUUGGUGUCCCAUUAGAAAUCAUAAUAAAAAAUGAUACAGCCA